CAUCUUCCAAAGUGGAUGAGAUCGCCUGCAGAUCCCGGCGGCGCAGUACAGGUCGCCCAGGGGAGAUUUUUUAAAAAGCCUCAUGGAACAUAUCACCAUUGCUGGAUGCCUGGCACAUACAAGACAGCUGACAGCAUGAGAGGUACUCUGAAUGGGUACAGGAUGUCACCUGGAAUCCGAGCACUACAUGAUCCGGACUUUCCUUAAUUCUAAAUGUGCUGUUCUUCAUUCCAAGAUGCUUUUGCACUUCUGAUAAAUGCAAACUGACAACUGUCAAGGCCACGACGGAGGGAAAAUCGUUGGUCCUGGAAGCCUAGAAGACUUCCCUUAACAAGGAAAGUCUCUGAUUGUUUGUUUGAAAUGCUGAAGAAGUUGCUGCGGAGAAGACUUUUUUCUUAUCCCACUAAAUACUGCUUUGUGGUUCUUAUUUUUUCCCUGGUCACCUUCUCUUUUGUAAGGAUUCAUCAAAAGCCUGAAUUUGUAAGCAUCAGACACUUGCAGCUGGUCGGAGAGAAUCCUAGUAGUAAUAUUAAUUGCACCAAAGUUUUACAGGGUGAUGUAGAUGAAAUCCAAAAGGUAAAGCUUGAGAUGCUCACGGUAAAAUUCAGAAAGCGCACUCGGUGGACACCUCACGACUACAUAAACAUGACCACUGACUGCACUUCUUUCAUCAAGAGGCGCAAAUAUAUUAUGGAACCCCUUAGUAAAGAAGAGGCGCAGUUUCCAAUAGCAUAUUCUAUAGUGGUUCAUCACAAAAUUGAAAUGCUGGACAGGCUCCUGAGGGCCAUCUAUAUGCCUCAGAAUUUCUAUUGCAUUCACGUGGACAGAAAAUCAGAGGAGUCCUUCUUAGCUGCAGUGAUGGGCAUUGCGUCCUGUUUCAGUAAUGUCUUCGUGGCCAGUCAGCUGGAGAGUGUGGUUUAUGCAUCUUGGAGUCGGGUUCAGGCCGAUCUCAACUGCAUGAAGGACCUCUACAGAAUGAGUGCACCCUGGAAGUACUUAAUAAAUCUUUGCGGUAUGGAUUUUCCUAUUAAAACCAACCUAGAAAUUGUCAGGAAGCUCAAGUCGUUCAUGGGUGAAAACAACCUUGAAACCGAGAAGAUGCCCUCCAAUAAAGAAGAAAGGUGGAAAAAGCGGUAUGCAGUUGUUAAUGGAAAGCUGACCAACACGGGGACUGUCAAAAUGCGUCCUCCACUUGAAACACCUCUUUUUUCAGGCAGUGCCUAUUUUGUGGUCAGCAGGGAGUACGUGGGGUAUGUGCUAGAGAAUGAAAAAAUCCAAAAGUUUAUGGAGUGGGCGCAGGACACCUACAGCCCGGAUGAGUAUCUCUGGGCCACUAUCCAAAGGAUCCCGGAAGUCCCUGGCUCUCUCUCCUUGAGCCAUAAGUACGACUUGUCUGACAUGCAGGCAGUUGCCAGGUUUGUCAAGUGGCAGUACUAUGAGGGUGACAUCUCUAAGGGUGCUCCCUACCCACCCUGCGAUGGCGUCCACGUGCGCUCGGUGUGCAUUUUUGGAGCUGGAGACUUGAACUGGAUGCUGCGCAAGCACCACUUGUUUGCCAAUAAGUUCGACGUGGACGUCGACCACUUUGCCAUCCAGUGUUUGGAUGAACAUCUGAGGCAUAAAGCUUUAAUGGAGACAUUAAAGCACUGACCCCCGUGGGCAAUUUUAGGAUUAAUAAGAAAGAGGCUCAAAAUGUACCCUGUCUGGUUCCUCUUACUUGUCAAUAUGCAUCAGAAAAAUUAUAUGGGGUCCUCUUUGGAGUAGGGCCUCUAAGUCUUUACAUCACAGAAGCCUCAUGGUUUCUGCAGAGCACAAUUGGUUAGAAAGGUUAUAGCAUUAAGUAUUGCUGUGGGGUUAAUGUGAAGGAGAGACAGUAGCUGUGAGGCCAGGGCAGGGAGCAAGGCAUUCUGGAGAGGGAGGCUGGAGGGAGAAGAAAGAGGCCAAUGCAAAAAAAUCAGCCUAUUAAAGGAGCUCAGGGACUUAACAAAAUGAGAAGAUUUGACCUGUGCCAAAAUUAUUAUGAGAAUUUUAAAUAUGGCCGUUUUUCUGGUACAGAGAAAUUUGUAGCAACAAUCAUAAAGAUACAGUUUAUCUUCUGUUAUAUGAGAUAUUGAAAUAGAAAUUGGAUUUUACUUUAAACGAUCCCUGUGAAUUAUUUUCUGCUGUAACGUUGUGCUGUGUAGUGUGUCUCUGUGUCAUCUCAGGGAGCUUAAAAUGGGCUUGAUUUAACAUU